AUGGCGGGCACGUGUGACAUAGGACUAAUCGGGCUGGCGGUGAUGGGACAAAACCUUAGCUUGAACAUAGCGAGCAACGGAUUUACCAUUGGAGUGUACAACAGGACAUAUGAAAGAACGGAGGACACGAUAAAGAAGGCAAAGGAAAGCAACCUACCCAUUUACGGAUAUGAAACUUUGGAACAGCUAAUAAAGAACUUAAAGAAGCCCAGGAAAAUUAUCCUACUGAUCAAAGCCGGACCGGCCGUGGACGAAACGAUUAAAAAUAUUUUAAAACAUUUCGAAGAAGGAGAUAUUAUCAUUGACGGAGGAAAUGAAUGGUAUUUGAACACAGAAAGGAGAAUCUCAAUUUGUGAGGAACACAAAGUUGAGUAUCUAGCCAUGGGAGUUAGUGGAGGAGAAGCAGGAGCACGAUAUGGAUGCUCAUUCAUGCCAGGAGGAUCUAAAUAUGCCUAUGACCAAAUUAAGGAUAUUUUAGAAAAAUGCUCAGCCAAGGUAGGCACAUCACCUUGUGUUACGUACAUAGGACCCAGGUCAUCAGGUAACUAUGUGAAGAUGGUUCAUAACGGAAUCGAAUAUGGAGAUAUGCAGUUAAUAUCAGAGAGCUACUUACUAAUGAAACAUAUUCUCAAUUAUAGCAAUGAGAAAAUGUCUGAUGUCUUUAAAAAAUGGAAUGAAGGAAUUUUGAAUUCUUAUCUUAUUGAAAUAACGUACAAAAUUUUGGGCAAGAAAGACGAUUUAACGGAUAAGCACCUCGUAGAUAUGAUAUUGGAUAUUGCUGGGGCUAAAGGAACUGGAAAGUGGACCAUGUUAGAAGCUAUCGAGAGGGGAAUUCCAUGCCCAACCAUGUGUGCAGCAUUAGAUGCAAGAAAUAUAAGUGCAUACAAAAAUUUGAGAAUAAAGGCAGAUAGCCAUUUCUGCAACGAAAUGAAAGUGCGCAAAGUAGAGGGUGAAGAUUUGAGCCAUUAUGAGGACGAUCUGUUAAAUGCUCUCUACUGUUGCAAAAUCAUAUCCUACACACAAGGAUUAUUUUUACUGAAGCAAGUAUCAGGAGAAAUGAAAUGGAAUUUAAACCUUGGAGAAAUUUCAAGAAUUUGGAGAGGAGGUUGUAUUAUUAGAGCUGUUUUCUUAGAUCGAAUUACCAACGCUUAUAAAAAAAAUGAGAACUUGGACUUGUUAUUCCUGGAUGAAGAUUUUGCUAAAGAAAUGAAAAAUAAACUUCCAUCUUUGAGGAAAGUUGUUGAGGUAGCUACCAAGUCGUCCAUUCCCAUUCCUGCGUUUUCCGCUAGUUUGGCUUACUUCCAAAUGGUGACCUCUAAAAAUUUGCCACUCAAUUUGGUACAGGCCCAGAGGGACUACUUCGGUUCACAUACCUACAAGAGGGUAGACCGUGAUGGCGACUUCCACACCAUAUGGGAGUGA